UAACAGUGAUUGUGCGAUCAUAACAUUUCUAUUUAUUAUUUUUUCAUAUUGGUUAAUAAAAAAUUGAUUUAUAUUAUUUUACCGAAAAGAUUUGAGUAUUAUUAAGCACUGUAGAAAUUAAGAUCAGAUUAUUUAAGGUAACUUUCUUGCAGCAAUGCAAGAAGAGCUAGUUUUCCUUGACAUUUUGUAAUUAAAGGAGGUAAAAAUAAAGAUCAAAAUUACUAAAUAAAGAAAAAAACAUAGAAAGAAGAUUUUAAGUAAUUAUCCGGUUUAAUAAAUAUUGGAAGAAAAAGUUUUUAAGGAGCUAAUUGACACUAUUAAUAAAAAGUGUUUGAAGAUGACGGAUGCUGCGCCAGUUCCAGGUUUGAAUCAAAGACGAGACACUGAUGCAAGAGGUGACGGAAAUAAUAAUCCUGAUGUAAUUGCUUCUCCUCCAAUCAAUAACAAUAUAAGAGUGAGAAAUAAUCAGCAAAAUCCACUGAUUAAUGUACGUGACAGGUUAUUCCAUGCACUCUUUUUUAAAACAGCAUUAGCUUAUGCGCAAAUUUUCCCAAAGCCACUUCGAAGGGGAUUUGAGCUAUUUAUAUUACUAAAAGCGCUCCUUGCUUUUUUCACACUAUUUUAUAUUCAUGUUGCUUUUCUUAAAAGUCCGGCUACCUGUUUGGAGCAUGUAAAAAAUGAGUGGCCGCGCGAUGGUGUUUUAAGAGUCGAAAUUUUGAAUUCAGAUUUUCUAACGUAUGAGCCAAAGGAAAAAUCUAACAAUGGAAAUCAGCCUUUGAAAGGCUUUAAACUUAAUAAAUAUUUUGACUUGGAAAAUGUUUAUGGUCCAUAUCCUGCUUCCAAAUACGCAAAACAGCAAACUCAGAAACUUACAAAACAAGGCCAUAGUAUAAAUAAAAGUUACUCAAAUGAAACUCUUUUGGAAAAUAGUAAAUAUUAUGUAGAUGAAGAUGUUGAUUAUCAUGACGUUGAAGAAGAGCAAAACAAAGAGAAUAUAAAGGAGUCGGAUAAAUUGACUUAUGAUGAGGAUCAAUACAUUGUGGAAUACUCACUGGAAUAUGGUCACUUAAGAUUGUCUCCAGCAACUAGAAAAAAAUUGAAUAUUCCGGUUUUAAAAGUAGUUCUAGAUCCAUCUAAGGACAAAUGUUUUGGAGACUCAUUAAGCCGAUAUUUAUUACGUGAAUUUUUGGGUUAUGAUGAUCUAUUAAUGGCGUCAGUACGUGUUAUAGCUGAACAAGAAGAUAAUAAAGGUUAUUUAAGAAAUGUUGUUACUGGAGAGCAUUAUCGUUUCGUUUCAAUGUGGUGGGCAGCGUGGAGUUCAUAUCCAACGGCAUUCUGUGUCAUGAUUUUAUUUACGGUUUCUAUCUCUAUGCUAUUGCGAUAUUCUCAUCAUCAAAUAUUUGUGUUUAUAGUUGAUCUUCUACAAAUGUUGGAAUUUAAUAUAUCAGCUCGUUUUCCAUUCGCUCCACUUCUGACAGUAAUAUUAGCUUUAGUAGGAAUGGAAGCAAUCAUGUCCGAGUUUUUCAACGAUACUACAACAGCUUUUUAUAUUAUUCUAAUUGUUUGGAUUGCUGAUCAAUAUGAUGCAAUAUGUUGUCAUACCAGUAUCACUAAACGUCAUUGGUUAAGAUUUUUCUACCUGUACCACUUUUCAUUCUAUGCAUACCACUACAGAUUCAAUGGACAAUAUAGUAGUUUAGCUUUGGUAUCAUCUUGGCUUUUUAUUCAACAUUCUAUGUUCUACUUUUUCCAUCAUUAUGAACUUCCAGUAAUAAUUCAACAAGCACAGUUACAACAAGUUGUCCUGAUUUCGCGACAAAAUAAUCAAAAUCAAACUCAAACAAAUAAUAAUGGACAAGGUGGUGGACAGGCGGGCGGUGGUACAGAUGGUGGUCGAACAACAAUACAACGAUAUCAAUUGAUUAAUAAUAAUGGAAAUUUAACUGAAUUGAUAAGACCACUUUUAGAAAGACGUGCUGACAUUAUUAAUACAAUGAGAAGAGUUUUAUUAGGACUUGGAUGGAUGGCACCGGUUCCAGUUCGAAUGCAAAUUGGUAAUUUACAGCGUAUUAAUUUGGAUUCUAUACAAAUUGGUCCAGUUAAUUACGGAACAAGAAAUCCAUUGGUUUCUUAUAACGUUAUUCGUCAAGAUAAUUCUAGUGGGCAACAAAACCAAUCAAAUAUCAGACAAGAGAGGAAUAGCACAGAAAGUGAGACCUUUUUAAAUAGCAGUAAUGGAGAGGAAAACUCCUCUAACCCAAUUGAUAUAACUUCAGCAUCAACAACAAUUUCGCAGGAAUCCAAUAACACAAUCAACAACAAUACAAAUAGCACAGUUACAACCGAUGUCAUAGGUAUUACAACAAAUUCUUCAAUUAUAAGAACGGAAAAUCUUAAUGAAGGAAAUAACGGAAAUGAUACUGCUGAGAGUAAUAUAUCUGGAUCAGUCAGCUUUAAUAGUAACUCUAGUGUUGGUGGUAUUAGUAGUUGUUAUGAGCACAUUGAAGACGAUGUUGACGAUAGCGACACCGAAAACAAAAAUAAAAUUAGUAAACAAAAUCUUUUCUUACCAGAAAAAUCACAGCAGCAUCAGCAGCAAAAAGAAGAAGAAAUAAAAAAAGAAAAAAUAGAAAAUGGAGAACAAGGAAUAACGAAUGAUAAAAAUAAAUUUAUCAAGGAUGUUACAAAUGAAAUUGUAGGAACCAACACGAAAGUCAUUGUUGAGAAUAAUAAAAAUUUUCAAAAAGAUUUGCCUAAAGAAAAUGCUAGGGAAGAUAAAUAUGAAACGGAAGAAAAAAGUUGUGGGAAUGAUGAUGAUUCUAAUAAAAUAGUUGAAAUCCAAUUGAGUUCAGAUACAGAAGGUGCAAGCAAUUUUAAAAAUAAAUAUGAAUCAAUUUCAAUUAGUGCCUCAACGCAAUCGAAAGAUUCUACAAAAAAGAAUGAAAGAGAAAAUGAAAAUUUAUUAAAGGAGAUUAACAUUUCCGGAACUUUGGAUUUAAAUUCUAAGACUAAUAAUGGAAUUGGAACUAUUUUAUCAGAUUUAAAACCAAAUAGUGAUAAAAAAAUAGAAGAAAUUUCAUCAACAGAAGGUAAACAGCCUACAUUGAAUAUUGAACAAAAUUCAACACAUAAAAUUGUGUCAAUAUUCGAAGAUAAUAAAAAAGACUUAAGUGAAAGUGCUACAUCAGGAAGUAAUUCUUCAAGUAUAAAUAUUUUGAAAUCAAUUAAUUUAAAUUCAAAUCAAAAUCAAAAUGAACCAAAAUUACUUUCAACUCUUUCACCAAGAAAAUCUUUACCUUCACAAUCAAUAUCGUCAUCUUUAUUAAUAUCUUCAGAAAGUGAAAAGGAGAUUAAAAAUUUAAAUAAUCAUACUAGUGAUGAUGAUGUUAACUUUAAAAAUAGAAGUUAUAGUUAUAAUAAUAAAAAACUUGCCUACGAUAUAAAUAACGAUUGCAGUUAUCAAUCUAGGCAAAAUUUACCUAAUUAUUGUGGUGAUGAAAGUAACCACAAGGAUUUAACAUUAGGUAUUAUGAAUAUUAAUGAUGAUAGUAAUUAUAAAAAUAGCAACAACAUUAAGAGAAAUCAUUCAUAUAAUAAUGAAAAUGUAAGUCUUAAUAUUGAUAAUAAUUAUAAUCAUCACAAUGAUCAAAGUAAUGAUGGUGUUAAAGAUUUUGAUGCUGAUAAUAUAAUAGCAGAAGAUGCUUGCGGUGAUAAUAGUAAAAAUACAAGUAACAACAGUAAUAUUUCCAAUAACAUGAAUACAAAUGUUAAUGAUUGCGGUGAUUUAAUGCCAAAAGGAAAUUGUAAAAUUAAACUUAGCGAAAGUAAUUUCUUUUUAACAACAGAAAAGACAGCAAAUCUUUUAACAUCAACAGAAGAUGAAAAGAAAAGUACGGAAGUCAGUCAAGACCAAAAUUUAUUAACUUGUGGUGAUGAUUCAAAAACUAAUUGGAAAGAAAAUUCAAAAGAAAAUUUACUUUUAGAGUGAUAAGGCAAUGUUUUUUUUUUGUUAUUUAAUAAAUAUAUAUUUUUGCCAUCUAAAUGCUGAAGCAAAUAUUUUGUUAGGAUAAAUCUCAUAAAUUGCUGUACGAUUUUUUGUCGUUCAAUUUUUAUUAUACAUUUGCCACUUUGUAUUUUAAAUAAAUUUAACUUUUUUUUAAUUAAUCUGAAAAUGGCUUUGAAUUAUUAGUAAAUAUUAAUGUUAUUUUACAUUAUUUAAGAUAUAAUAUUUCGAUUCGUUUUUGAAAUUUUUAAAGGUUGCUCGACAUAUUUUUAUUUUUUCAAAUUAGAGAUUUAACAAUUUUAAUACAAUUUUUAAUUAAUUAAGAUUAUUUAUAUGAAUUUGUUUGUUUUUUUUUUAAUUAAUUUUUUUAAUAAAAAAAAUUUGCGAAGCCUAUAAAUUUGAAAUUGGAAACUGUACUAAAUUUAUGAUUUUAGUAAUAAAUAUUAUUAAUUAUGAGUUUUCAUUAUUAGUUUAAGAUUUUAAGUUUAUGGCCCAUAAUUAUACCAAAUUUUAUAAUUGUAGUUAUAAUUUAUUAUUGUCUAUAAUUAUAUUGAAAUGUUUUAUUGGUCACCUUAUUUUCAUUUUAUUUAAAGUCACAUUUUUGGAUUUUAUUGUUACUUUAAAUCAACAAAUCAUAAUGUACUUAAGUAAUUUUAUUUGAAUUUUUAGGUUAUUAGAAAUUUUUAUUUUAAAACUGUUUUUUUUUUCUUAAAUAGUUUUUAAUUAAAAUAUUAAAUGGAAUCAUUUUAAUUUUUUAUAAUUUUCAUACAAUGAAAAUUUGCCAACUAAAUACUCUGUAUUUCUCUAUUAAAAGUAAAAUAUUGGCAAAUGUUUAUUAAUUUAUAUUAAAAUGUUUUUUAAUUUAUAUUAAAAAUCAUAUUUUUGAAAAUUUGAAUAUCAUACAUUUUCAAAUUUUAAACAUAUGAGUUCGAUAGCGAAAAUUCUUUUGCAUAAAUUCAAUUUGUUGCGGAAGUAAGAUAUUUUAGCAUUGGGAUGAAAACUUUAAAUAAAAAAUGGAAUUUAAAAUUGAAAUCUUUAAUUAGAACUAUUAAUUGUACAAAGCAAAGCAGAUGAAAGUGGUAAUUUAUGAAAAACCUAACAAAUUAGGAAUAAUAAUAUAAAGUAGCUAUAGAACAUUUUAAAAAUUAGAUGAAAUUAAAAGUAAUAAUAUAUUGAAAAAAUAUUUACAUUACGUAAUAUGAUGUAUAUGUAUAAAAUAAAAAUAGCCAAAGGAAAUUUUUAUUUUGAUAUUUUUAAAUUUAUACUUUUAUUUUUGUAUAGAAUUAAUUUUCAGAUUUUUCAAUCAGAUUUUUUUUUCAAUUUAUGCUUUAGGCAUUUUUAAAAUGAAACUCAAUAUUCUGGUUUUUUAUAAUUAAAUAAAAUAAUUUUUGUUUUAUGAUUAUAAAUUAAAAAUAUGUAAAAUAAACUUAUUAUUUUAAAUUAUUUUAUGUGCAUGAAACUCAGUUUUUAUUUUGAAUUUGGUUAAGAUUUUAUACAUACAUAAUAUGUAAAUGAGUUUCUACCACAUUUUGUAUUAUACUUCUUAUGAAACGCACUGUUUCAAUUUUGUUAUAUAUAAAGCGGAAUGCAUAUUAUUUAUGUAUAUACAUUUUUGAUUACACUAAGGAUUUAGAUGCACCAAUUCUUGUUUUAAUUUUCAUAAUUUAAAAUGCAAACGGGAGAGCAGUUUUGUUUAUGUACUUGUUUAAAAAAAAAGCUAACCAAUAAUUAAAUUAAAUAUUAGAAGGAAAAAGAAAUAUCAAAAGGAAAGAUUCGGCAAUGUGUGAUGAUUAAAAUUUUAAACAAAAAUUAUUACAAACAAAAAACACUCGAAAGAAA